AUGCUGGUGAUCUGGAUUCUGACGCUGGCUCUCCGGCUCUGCGCAUCAGUUACUGCUACACCGACAGCAGAGGGCUCUGCUGUUCACAAAGCCAUUGCCCGGCAGGGCACACUGUGGACUGGUGAGGUUUCGGAGAAUCAGACAGUCGAGCAAGGGAAGAGCAGUCUAAGAAGGUAGAAAAAUCAUUUCCACAGCUCUGCGGGGGAGCUACAGUGUAGGAAUGCCCUGAAAGAUGAAGGGGCAUGUGCUGGAUGGAGCAUGAUGUUUGCUGGGGAGAGUGUGGUGGUGCUGGUGCAUUUGUGGAUGACAGGAGUACGAGUGAAGAACCUUGGCUUGGUGGAGUUUGCCAGCUCGGGGGACGACGGGGAGGGCAGAGCCGAAGCCUUUAGCCUGGGGCUCCCACUUAGUGAGCAGGCAAGGGCUGCAGGAGCCGGAGAGAAGGAGCGUCAGGAGGUGAGGGUGAGAGAGCCAUAAAUCAGCACUUUCUCUGGUUUCUCUCAAAUCACAGGCUCAACAGUAAACACCAGUAUUGGAGGUAAUACAACUUCUGCAUCCACAUCCCGUUCAAGUGACCUUUUUAACACCUUUAGUAGCCAUGGGGUGGCAGUCACAUUUACCAUGGGCUCAACUGCAACAACACACCUCCCUGACAGCUCCACAAACUCAGGCCAAAGUGAGGAAUCAACAGUAACACACAACAACCCAGAAGCAACAGGAACAACACUCUUCCCUACCCGAUCCACAACCUCAGUUCUUCUUGGAGAACCUACAACCUCACCCAGCAGUUCAGCCUCAAUGGAAACAACAGCGUUACCCGGCAGUACCACAACAGCAGGCCUGAGUGAGAAAUCUACCACCUUCUACAGUAGCCCCAGAUCACCAGACACAACACUUUCACCUGCCAGCACGACAAGCUCAGGCGUCAAUGAAGAAUCCGCCACCUCCCACAGCCGACCAGGCUCAACGCACACAACAGCGUUCCCUGGAAGUACCACCAUGCCAGGCCUCAGUCAGGAAUCUACAGCUUCCCACAGCAGCCCAGGCUCCACAGACACAACACUGUCCCCUGGCAGUACCACAGCAUCAUCCCUUGGUCCAGAAUCUACUACCUUCCACAGCAGCCCAGGCUCCACUGAAACAACACUCUUACCUGACAACACCACAACCUCAGGCCUCCUUGAAGCAUCUACGCCCGUCCACAGCAGCACUGGAUCGCCACACAUGACACUGUCCCCUGCCGGCUCUACAACCCGUCAGGGAGAAUCUACCACCUUCCAGACCUGGCCGAGCUCAAAGGACACUACGCCUCUACCUCCUAGUACCACAUCAGCCUUUGUUGAGCUAUCUACAACCUACCACAGCAGCCCGAGCUCAACUCCAGCAACCCACUUUUCUGCCAGCUCCACAACCUCGGGCCGUAGUGAGGAAUCGACAACAGUCCACAGCAGCCCAGUUGCAACCGCAACAACACCCUCACCCGCCCGCUCCACAACCUCAGGCCUUGUUGAAGAAUCUACAACCUACCACAGCAGCCCGGGCUCAACUCAAACAAUGCACUUCCCUGAAAGCUCCACAACUUCAGGCCGUAGUGAAGAAUCAACAACUUCCCACAGCAGCACAACACACACAAUAUCUUCACCUCCUAGCACCACACCUGCCCUUGUUGAAGAAUCUACAAGCUACCACAGCAGCCCGGGCCCAACUGCAACAACACACUUCCCUGACAGCUCCACAACCUCAGGCCAUAGCGAGGAAUCAACAGCAUCCCACAGCAGCCCAGACGCAACGGGAACAACAGCCUUACCUGCCCGCUCCACAACCUCAGUUCUCGUUGGAGAAUCCACGGCCUCACCCAUCAGUUCAGGCUCAACGGAAACAACAGCGUUACCCGGCAGUACCACAACGCCAGGCCUGAGUGAGAAAUCUACCACCUUCUACAGUAGCCCCAGAUCACCAGACACAACACUCUCACCUGCCAGCACGACAAGCUCAGGCGUCAGUGAAGAAUCCGCCACCUCCCACAGCCGACCAGGCUCAACGCACACAACAGCGUUCCCUGGCAGUACCACCAUGCCAGGCCUCAGUCAGGAAUCUACAGCUUCCCACAGCAGCCCAGGCUCCACAGACACAACACUGUCCCCUGGCAGUACCACAGCAUCAUCCCUUGGUCCAGAGUCUACUACCUUCCACAGCAGCCCAGGCUCCACUGAAACAACACUCUUACCUGACAACACCACAACCUCAGGCCUCCUUGAAGCAUCUACGCCCGUCCACAGCAGCACUGGAUCGCCACACACGACACUGUCCCCUGCCGGCUCUACAACCCGUCAGGGAGAAUCUACCACCUUCCAGACCUGGCCGAGCUCAAAGGACACUACGCCUCUACCUCCUAGUACCACAUCAGCCUUUGUUGAGCUAUCUACAACCUACCACAGCAGCCCGAGCUCAACUCCAGCAACCCACUUUUCUGCCAGCUCCACAACCUCGGGCCUUGUUGAAGAAUCUACAACCUACCACAGCAGCCCGGGCUCAACUCAAACAAUGCACUUCCCUGAAAGCUCCACAACUUCAGGCCGUAGUGAAGAAUCAACAACUUCCCACAGCAGCACAACACACACAAUAUCUUCACCUCCUAGCACCACACCUGCCCUUGUUGAAGAAUCUACAAGCUACCACAGCAGCCCGGGCCCAACUGCAACAGCACACUUCCCUGACAGCUCCACAACCUCAGGUCGUAGCGAGGAAUCAACAGCAUCCCACAGCAGCCCAGAUGCAACGGGAACAACAGCCUUACCUGCCCGCUCCACAACCUCAGUUCUCGUUGGAGAAUCCACGGCCUCACCCAUCAGUUCAGGCUCAACGGAAACAACAGCGUUACCCGGCAGUACCACAACGCCAGGCCUCAGUGAGAAAUCUACCACUUUCUACAGUAGCCCCAGAUCACCAGACACAACACUCUCACCUGCCAGCACGACCAGCUCAGGCGUCAGUGAAGAAUCCAGCACCUCCCACAGCCGACCAGGCUCAACGCACACAACAGCAUUCCCUGACAGCACCACCACGCCAGGCCUCAGUCGGGAAUCUGCAACUUCCCACAGCAGCCCAGGCUCAACGGAUACAACCCUGUUACCUGCCAGCACCACCAGCUCAGGCCCCAGUCAGGAAUCAACAGCUUCCCACAGCAGCCCAGGUUCAACUGACACAGCACUGUCCCCCGGCAGUACCACAACUUUAUCCUUUGGUCAAGAAUCUACAACCUUCCACAGCAGCCCAGGCUCCACUCGCACAACACUCUUCCCUGACAGCACCACAAGCUCAGGCAUCGUUGAAGCAUCUACACGCGUCCACAGCAGCACUGGCUCACCACACACAACGCUGUCCCCUGCCAGCUCCAGAAGCCCUGGCCUUCAGGGAGAAUCUACCGCCUUCCAGUCCCACCCAGCCUCAACUCACACAACGCCUUCACCUCCUAGCACCACAACAGCCCACGUGGAAGAAUCUACAACCUACCACCGCAGCCCGGGCUCGACUCCAACAACAUAUUUCCCUGCCAGCUCCACAGCUUCGGGCCACAGUGAGAAAUCGACAGCAUUCCACAGCAGCCAAGGUGGAAGUGGAACAACACCCUCACCUGCCCACUCCACAAACUCAGGUCGUGGACAAUCUACAACCUCACCCAUCAGUCCAGGCUCAACUGAAAUAACAACGUUAACUGGCAGUGCCACAACACCAGGCCUCAGUGAGACAUCUACCACCUCCUACAGCAGCCCCAGAUCACCAACCACAACACUCUCACCUGCCACGAUGACAAGCCUAGGCAUCAGUGAAGAAUCCACAACCUCCCGUAGCCAACCAGGCUCAGCUCACUCAACAGUGUCACCUGCCAGCACCACCACGCCAGGCCUCAGUGAGGAAUCUACCACCGUCUACAGUGGCAGCCCAGGCUCAACUGAAACCACAGUCUUCCCUCGCAGCACCACAACCUCAGUUCGUGGUGAAGAACCUACAACCUUCCACAGCCGGCCAGCCUCAACUCACACAACACUGUUCACUGAGGACAGCACCACCUCGGGCCUCACUGAAGAAUCUACAGCCUUCCCCGGCAGCCCAGUCUCCACCCAAGCAGUGUUACCUGCCACCCUCACAACCACAGACUUCGGUGAGGAAUCAGCAACCUUCCCCAGCAGCUCAGGCUCAACUGGAACAACACUCUCACCUGCCCGCUCCACCACCUCAGGCCUUGUUGGAGAAUCUACACCCUCACCCCUCAGUCCAAGCUCAACCGAAACAACAAUUUUACCCGGCAGUCCCACAACACCAAGCCUCAGUGAGAAAUCAACCACUUUCUACACUAGCCCCAGAUCACCAGAUGCAACACUCUCACCUGCAACCACAACAAGCUCAGGCGUCGGUGAAGAAUCCAGCACAUCCCAUAGUCAACCAGGCUCAACGCACACAACAGCGUUCCCUGACAGCACCACCAUGUCAGGCCUCAGUCGGGAACCUACAACUUCCCACAGCAGCCAAGGCUCAACAGACGCAACACUGUCCCCUGGCAGUACCACAGCCUCAUCCCUUGGCCAACAAUCUACAACCUUCCACAGCAGCCCAGGCGCCACUGAAACCACACUCUUACCUGACGACACCACAACCUCAGGCCUCGUGGAGGCAUCUACACCCAUCCACAGCAGCACUGGCUCCCUACACACAACACAGACCCCUGCCAGCUCCACAAGCGCUGGCCUUCAGGAAGAAUCUACCACUUUCCAGAGCUGGCCAAGCUCAAGUGACACAACACCUUCACCUCCUAGCACCACAGCAGCCCCUGUUGAAGUAUCCACAACCUACCACAGCCGCCCGAGCUCAACUCCAACAACAUACUUUUCUGCCAGCUCCACAACCUUGGGCCACAGUGAGGAAUCAACAACAGUCCACAGCAGCCCAACUGCAACUGGAACAACACUCUUCCCUACCCGCUCCACAACCUCAGUUCCUCUUGGAGAACCUACAACCUCACCCAGCAGUUCAGCCUCAAUGGAAACAACAGCGUCACAGGGCAGUACCACAACAGCAGGCCUGAGUGAGAAAUCUACCACCUUCUACAGUAGCCCCAGAUCACCAGACACAACACUCUCACCUGCCAGCACGACAAGCUCAGGCGUCAGUGAAGAAUCCGCCACCUCCCACAGCCGACCAGGCUCAACGCACACAACAGCGUUCCCUGGCAGUACCACCAUGCCAGGCCUCAGUCAGGAAUCUACAGCUUCCCACAGCAGCCCAGGCUCCACAGACACAACACUGUCCCCUGGCAGUACCACAGCAUCAUCCCUUGGUCCAGAGUCUACUACCUUCCACAGCAGCCCAGGCUCCACUGAAACAACACUCUUACCUGACAACACCACAACCUCAGGCCUCCUUGAAGCAUCUACGCCCGUCCACAGCAGCACUGGAUCGCCACACACGACACUGUCCCCUGCCGGCUCUACAACCCGUCAGGGAGAAUCUACCACCUUCCAGACCUGGCCGAGCUCAAAGGACACUACGCCUCUACCUCCUAGUACCACAUCAGCCUUUGUUGAGCUAUCUACAACCUACCACAGCAGCCCGAGCUCAACUCCAGCAACCCACUUUUCUGCCAGCUCCACAACCUCGGGCCGUAGUGAGGAAUCGACAACAGUCCACAGCAGCCCAGUUGCAACCGCAACAACACCCUCACCCGCCCGCUCCACAACCUCAGGCCUUGUUGAAGAAUCUACAACCUACCACAGCAGCCCGGGCUCAACUCAAACAAUGCACUUCCCUGAAAGCUCCACAACUUCAGGCCGUAGUGAAGAAUCAACAACUUCCCACAGCAGCACAACACACACAAUAUCUUCACCUCCUAGCACCACACCUGCCCUUGUUGAAGAAUCUACAAGCUACCACAGCAGCCCGGGCCCAACUGCAACAGCACACUUCCCUGACAGCUCCACAACCUCAGGUCGUAGCGAGGAAUCAACAGCAUCCCACAGCAGCCCAGAUGCAACGGGAACAACAGCCUUACCUGCCCGCUCCACAACCUCAGUUCUCGUUGGAGAAUCCACGGCCUCACCCAUCAGUUCAGGCUCAACGGAAACAACAGCGUUACCCGGCAGUACCACAACGCCAGGCCUCAGUGAGAAAUCUACCACUUUCUACAGUAGCCCCAGAUCACCAGACACAACACUCUCACCUGCCAGCACGACCAGCUCAGGCGUCAGUGAAGAAUCCAGCACCUCCCACAGCCGACCAGGCUCAACGCACACAACAGCAUUCCCUGACAGCACCACCACGCCAGGCCUCAGUCGGGAAUCUGCAACUUCCCACAGCAGCCCAGGCUCAACGGAUACAACCCUGUUACCUGCCAGCACCACCAGCUCAGGCCCCAGUCAGGAAUCAACAGCUUCCCACAGCAGCCCAGGUUCAACUGACACAGCACUGUCCCCCGGCAGUACCACAACUUUAUCCUUUGGUCAAGAAUCUACAACCUUCCACAGCAGCCCAGGCUCCACUCGCACAACACUCUUCCCUGACAGCACCACAAGCUCAGGCAUCGUUGAAGCAUCUACACGCGUCCACAGCAGCACUGGCUCACCACACACAACGCUGUCCCCUGCCAGCUCCAGAAGCCCUGGCCUUCAGGGAGAAUCUACCGCCUUCCAGUCCCACCCAGCCUCAACUCACACAACGCCUUCACCUCCUAGCACCACAACAGCCCACGUGGAAGAAUCUACAACCUACCACCGCAGCCCGGGCUCGACUCCAACAACAUAUUUCCCUGCCAGCUCCACAGCUUCGGGCCACAGUGAGAAAUCGACAGCAUUCCACAGCAGCCAAGGUGGAAGUGGAACAACACCCUCACCUGCCCACUCCACAAACUCAGGUCGUGGACAAUCUACAACCUCACCCAUCAGUCCAGGCUCAACUGAAAUAACAACGUUACCUGGCAGUGCCACAACACCAGGCCUCAGUGAGACAUCUACCACCUCCUACAGCAGCCCCAGAUCACCAACCACAACACUCUCACCUGCCACGAUGACAAGCCUAGGCAUCAGUGAAGAAUCCACAACCUCCCGUAGCCAACCAGGCUCAGCUCACUCAACAGUGUCACCUGCCAGCACCACCACGCCAGGCCUCAGUGAGGAAUCUACCACCGUCUACAGUGGCAGCCCAGGCUCAACUGAAACCACAGUCUUCCCUCGCAGCACCACAACCUCAGUUCGUGGUGAAGAACCUACAACCUUCCACAGCCGGCCAGCCUCAACUCACACAACACUGUUCACUGAGGACAGCACCACCUCGGGCCUCACUGAAGAAUCUACAGCCUUCCCCGGCAGCCCAGUCUCCACCCAAGCAGUGUUACCUGCCACCCUCACAACCACAGACUUCGGUGAGGAAUCAGCAACCUUCCCCAGCAGCUCAGGCUCAACUGGAACAACACUCUCACCUGCCCGCUCCACCACCUCAGGCCUUGUUGGAGAAUCUACACCCUCACCCCUCAGUCCAAGCUCAACCGAAACAACAAUUUUACCCGGCAGUCCCACAACACCAAGCCUCAGUGAGAAAUCAACCACUUUCUACACUAGCCCCAGAUCACCAGAUGCAACACUCUCACCUGCAACCACAACAAGCUCAGGCGUGGGUGAAGAAUCCAGCACAUCCCAUAGUCAACCAGGCUCAACGCACACAACAGCGUUGCCUGACAGCACCACCAUGUCAGGCCUCAGUCGGGAACCUACAACUUCCCACAGCAGCCAAGGCUCAACAGACGCAACACUGUCCCCUGGCAGUACCACAGCCUCAUCCCUUGGCCAACAAUCUACAACCUUCCACAGCAGCCCAGGCGCCACUGAAACCACACUCUUACCUGACGACACCACAAUCUCAGGCCUCGUGGAGGCAUCUACACCCAUCCACAGCAGCACUGGCUCCCUACACACAACACGGACCCCUGCCAGCUCCACAAGCGUUGGCCUUCAGGAAGAAUCUACCACUUUCCAGAGCUGGCCAAGCUCAAGUGACACAACACCUUCACCUCCUAGCACCACAGCAGCCCCUGUUGAAGUAUCCACAACCUACCACAGCCGCCCGAGCUCAACUCCAACAAUAUACUUUUCUGCCAGCUCCACAACCUUGGGCCGUAGUGAGGAAUCAACAACAGUCCACAGCAGCCCAGAUGCAACUGGAACAACACUCUUCACUACCCGCUCCGCAACCUCAGUUCCUCUUGGAGAACCUACAACCUCACCCAGCAGUUCAGCCUCAAUGGAAACAACGGCGUUACCCAGCAGUACCACAACAGCAGGCCAGAGUGAGAAAUCUACCACCUUCUACAGUAGCCCCAGAUCACCAGACACAACACUCUCACCUGCCAGCACGACAAGCUCAGGCGUCAGUGAAGAAUCCGCCACCUCCCACAGCCGACCAGGCUCAAUGCACACAACAGCGUUCCCUGGCAGUACCACCAUGCCAGGCCUCAGUCAGGAAUCUACAGCUUCCCACAGCAGCCCAGGCUCCACAGACACAACACUGUCCCCUGGCAGUACCACAGCAUCAUCCCUUGGCCUUGUUGAAGAAUCUACAACCUUCCACAGCCGGCCAGCCUCAACUCGCACAACACUGUCCACUGAGGACACCACUACCUCGGGCCUCACUGAAGAAUCUACAGCCUUCCCCGGCAGCCCAGUCUCCACCCAAGCAGUGUUAACUGCCACCCUCACAACCACAGACCUCGGUGAGGAAUCAGCAACCUUCCCCAGCAGCUCAGGCUCAACUGGAACAACACUCUCACCUGCCCGCUCCACCACCUCAGGCCUUGUUGGAGAAUCUACACCCUCACCCCUCAGUCCAAGCUCAACCGAAACAACAAUUUUACCCGGCAGUCCCACAACACCAAGCCUCAGUGAGAAAUCAACCACCUUCUACACUAGCCCCAGAUCACCAGAUGCAGCACUCUCACCUGCAACCACAACAAGCUCAGGCGUCGGUGAAGAAUCCAGCACAUCCCAUAGUCAACCAGGCUCAACGCACACAACAACGUUCCCUGACAGCACCACCAUGUCAGGCCUCAGUCGGGAACCUACAACUUCCCACAGCAGCCAAGGCUCAACAGACGCAACACUGUCCCCUGGCAGUACCACAGCCUCAUCCCUUGGCCAACAAUCUACAACCUUCCACAGCAGCCCAGGCGCCACUGAAACCACACUCUUACCUGACGACACCACAACCUCAGGCCUCGUGGAGGCAUCUACACCCAUCCACAGCAGCACUGGCUCCCUACACACAACACAGACCCCUGCCAGCUCCACAAGCGCUGGCCUUCAGGAAGAAUCUACCACUUUCCAGAGCUGGCCAAGCUCAAGUGACACAACACCUUCACCUCCUAGCACCACAGCAGCCCCUGUUGAAGUAUCCACAACCUACCACAGCCGCCCGAGCUCAACUCCAACAACAUACUUUUCUGCCAGCUCCACAACCUUGGGCCACAGUGAGGAAUCAACAACAGUCCACAGCAGCCCAACUGCAACUGGAACAACACUCUUCCCUACCCGCUCCACAACCUCAGUUCCUCUUGGAGAACCUACAACCUCACCCAGCAGUUCAGCCUCAAUGGAAACAACAGCGUCACAGGGCAGUACCACAACAGCAGGCCUGAGUGAGAAAUCUACCACCUUCUACAGUAGCCCCAGAUCACCAGACACAACACUCUCACCUGCCAGCACGACAAGCUCAGGCGUCAGUGAAGAAUCCGCCACCUCCCACAGCCGACCAGGCUCAACGCACACAACAGCGUUCCCUGGCAGUACCACCAUGCCAGGCCUCAGUCAGGAAUCUACAGCUUCCCACAGCAGCCCAGGCUCCACAGACACAACACUGUCCCCUGGCAGUACCACAGCAUCAUCCCUUGGUCCAGAGUCUACUACCUUCCACAGCAGCCCAGGCUCCACUGAAACAACACUCUUACCUGACAACACCACAACCUCAGGCCUCCUUGAAGCAUCUACGCCCGUCCACAGCAGCACUGGAUCGCCACACACGACACUGUCCCCUGCCGGCUCUACAACCCGUCAGGGAGAAUCUACCACCUUCCAGACCUGGCCGAGCUCAAAGGACACUACGCCUCUACCUCCUAGUACCACAUCAGCCUUUGUUGAGCUAUCUACAACCUACCACAGCAGCCCGAGCUCAACUCCAGCAACCCACUUUUCUGCCAGCUCCACAACCUCGGGCCGUAGUGAGGAAUCGACAACAGUCCACAGCAGCCCAGUUGCAACCGCAACAACACCCUCACCCGCCCGCUCCACAACCUCAGGCCUUGUUGAAGAAUCUACAACCUACCACAGCAGCCCGGGCUCAACUCAAACAAUGCACUUCCCUGAAAGCUCCACAACUUCAGGCCGUAGUGAAGAAUCAACAACUUCCCACAGCAGCACAACACACACAAUAUCUUCACCUCCUAGCACCACACCUGCCCUUGUUGAAGAAUCUACAAGCUACCACAGCAGCCCGGGCCCAACUGCAACAGCACACUUCCCUGACAGCUCCACAACCUCAGGUCGUAGCGAGGAAUCAACAGCAUCCCACAGCAGCCCAGAUGCAACGGGAACAACAGCCUUACCUGCCCGCUCCACAACCUCAGUUCUCGUUGGAGAAUCCACGGCCUCACCCAUCAGUUCAGGCUCAACGGAAACAACAGCGUUACCCGGCAGUACCACAACGCCAGGCCUCAGUGAGAAAUCUACCACUUUCUACAGUAGCCCCAGAUCACCAGACACAACACUCUCACCUGCCAGCACGACCAGCUCAGGCGUCAGUGAAGAAUCCAGCACCUCCCACAGCCGACCAGGCUCAACGCAUACAACAGCAUUCCCUGACAGCACCACCACGCCAGGCCUCAGUCGGGAAUCUGCAACUUCCCACAGCAGCCCAGGCUCAACGGAUACAACCCUGUUACCUGCCAGCACCACCAGCUCAGGCCCCAGUCAGGAAUCAACAGCUUCCCACAGCAGCCCAGGUUCAACUGACACAGCACUGUCCCCUGGCAGUACCACAACUUUAUCCUUUGGUCAAGAAUCUACAACCUUCCACAGCAGCCCAGGCUCCACUCGCACAACACUCUUCCCUGACAGCACCACAAGCUCAGGCAUCGUUGAAGCAUCUACACGCGUCCACAGCAGCACUGGCUCACCACACACAACGCUGUCCCCUGCCAGCUCCAGAAGCCCUGGCCUUCAGGGAGAAUCUACCGCCUUCCAGUCCCACCCAGCCUCAACUCACACAACGCCUUCACCUCCUAGCACCACAACAGCCCACGUGGAAGAAUCUACAACCUACCACCGCAGCCCGGGCUCGACUCCAACAACAUAUUUCCCUGCCAGCUCCACAGCUUCGGGCCACAGUGAGAAAUCGACAGCAUUCCACAGCAGCCAAGGUGGAAGUGGAACAACACCCUCACCUGCCCACUCCACAAACUCAGGUCGUGGACAAUCUACAACCUCACCCAUCAGUCCAGGCUCAACUGAAAUAACAAUGUUACCUGGCAGUGCCACAACACCAGGCCUCAGUGAGACAUCUACCACCUCCUACAGCAGCCCCAGAUCACCAACCACAACACUCUCACCUGCCACGAUGACAAGCCUAGGCAUCAGUGAAGAAUCCACAACCUCCCGUAGCCAACCAGGCUCAGCUCACUCAACAGUGUCACCUGCCAGCACCACCACGCCAGGCCUCAGUGAGGAAUCUACCACCGUCUACAGUGGCAGCCCAGGCUCAACUGAAACCACAGUCUUCCCUCGCAGCACCACAACCUCAGUUCGUGGUGAAGAACCUACAACCUUCCACAGCCGGCCAGCCUCAACUCACACAACACUGUUCACUGAGGACACCACUACCUCGGGCCUCACUGAAGAAUCUACAGCCUUCCCUGGCAGCCCAGUCUCCACCCAAGCAGUGUUACCUGCCACCCUCACAACCACAGACCUCGGUGAGGAAUCAGCAACCUUCCCCAGCAGCUCAGGCUCAACUGGAACAACACUCUCACCUGCCCGCUCCACCACCUCAGGCCUUGUUGGAGAAUCUACACCCUCACCCCUCAGUCCAAGCUCAACCGAAACAACAAUUUUACCCGGCAGUCCCACAACACCAAGCCUCAGUGAGAAAUCAACCACUUUCUACACUAGCCCCAGAUCACCAGAUGCAACACUCUCACCUGCAACCACAACAAGCUCAGGCGUCGGUGAAGAAUCCAGCACAUCCCAUAGUCAACCAGGCUCAACGCACACAACAGCGUUCCCUGACAGCACCACCAUGUCAGGCCUCAGUCGGGAACCUACAACUUCCCACAGCAGCCAAGGCUCAACAGACGCAACACUGUCCCCUGGCAGUACCACAGCCUCAUCCCUUGGCCAACAAUCUACAACCUUCCACAGCAGCCCAGGCGCCACUGAAACCACACUCUUACCUGACGACACCACAACCUCAGGCCUCGUGGAGGCAUCUACACCCAUCCACAGCAGCACUGGCUCCCUACACACAACACGGACCCCUGCCAGCUCCACAAGCGCUGGCCUUCAGGAAGAAUCUACCACUUUCCAGAGCUGGCCAAGCUCAAGUGACACAACACCUUCACCUCCUAGCACCACAGCAGCCCCUGUUGAAGUAUCCACAACCUACCACAGCCACCCGAGCUCAACUCCAACAACAUACUUUUCUGCCAGCUCCACAACCUUGGGCCGUAGUGAGGAAUCAACAACAGUCCACAGCAGCCCAGAUGCAACUGGAACAACACUCUUCCCUACCCACUCCGCAACCUCAGUUGUUCUUGGAGAACCUACAACCUCACCCAGCAGUUCAGCCUCAAUGGAAACAACAGCGUCACCCGGCGGUACCACAACAGCAGGCCUGAGUGAGAAAUCUACCACCUUCUACAGUAGCCCCCGAUCACCAGACACAACACUCUCACCUGCCAGCACGACAAGCUCAGGUGUCAGUGAAGAAUCCACCACCUCCCACAGCCGACCAGGCUCAACGCACACAACAGCGUUCCCUGGCAGUACCACCAUGCCAGGCCUCAGUCAGGAAUCUACAGCUUCCCACAGCAGCCCAGGCUCCACAGACACAACACUGUCCCCUGGCAGUACCACAGCAUCAUCCCUUGGUCCAGAGUCUACUACCUUCCACAGCAGCCCAGGCUCCACUGAAACAACACUCUUACCUGACAACACCACAACCUCAGGCCUCCUUGAAGCAUCUACGCCUGUCCACAGCAGCACUGGAUCGCCACACACGACACUGUCCCCUGCCGGCUCUACAACCCGUCAGGGAGAAUCUACCACCUUCCAGACCUGGCCGAGCUCAAAGGACACUACACCUCUACCUCCUAGUACCACGUCAGCCUUUGUUGAGCUAUCUACAACCUACCACAGCAGCCCGAGCUCAACUCCAGCAACCCACUUUUCUGCCAGCUCCACAACCUCGGGCCGUAGUGAGGAAUCGACAACAGUCCACAGCAGCCCAGUUGCAACCGCAACAACACCCUCACCCGCCCGCUCCACAACCUCAGGCCUUGUUGAAGAAUCUACAACCUACCACAGCAGCCCGGGCUCAACUCAAACAAUGCACUUUCCUGAAAGCUCCACAACUUCAGGCCGUAGUGAAGAAUCAACAACUUCCCACAGCAGCACAACACACACAAUAUCUUCACCUCCUAGCACCACACCUGCCUUUGUUGAAGAAUCUACAAGCUACCACAGCAGCCCGGGCCCAACUGCAAUAACACACUUCCCUGACAGCUCCACAACCUCAGGCCAUAGCGAGGAAUCAACGGCAUCCCACAGCAGCUCAGACGCAACGGGAACAACAGCCUUACCUGCCCGCUCCACAACCUCAGGUCUCGUUGGAGAAUCCACGGCCUCACCCAUCAGUUCAGGCUCAACGGAAACAACAGCGUUACCCGGCAGUACCACAACGCCAGGCCUCAGUGAGAAAUCUACCACUUUCCACAGCAGCCCGAGCUCAACUCCAGCAACCCACUUUUCUGCCAGCUCCACAACAUCGGGCCCUAGUGAGGAAUCGACAACAGUCCACAGCAGCCCAGUUGUAACCACAACAACACCCUCACCCGCCCGCUCCACAACCUCAGGCCUUGUUGAAGAAUCUACAACCUACCACAGCAGCCCGGGCUCAACUCAAACAAUGCACUUCCCUGAAAGCUCCACAACUUCAGGCCGUAGUGAAGGAUCAACAGCUUCCCACAGCAGCACAGCACACACAAUAUCUUCACCUCCUAGCACCACACCUGCCCUUAUUGAAUCUACAAGCUACCAGAGCAGCCGGGGCUCAACUGCAACAACACACUUCCCUGACAGCUCCAUAACCUUAGGUCGUAGUGAGAAAUCAACAGUAUCCCACAUCAGCCCAGAUACAAAUGGAAUCACACUCUUACCUGCCCGUUUUACUACCUCAGGCCGCAUUGCAGAAUCUACUGCCUUCUACACCUCUCCAGGCUCAACGGAAACAACAUUACCCGGAAGUACCCCAACACCAGGCCUCAGUGCAAAAUCUACCAUCUUUUAUAGUAGCUCCAGAUCAGCAGACCAAACACUCUCACCUGCCAGCAUGACAAGCUCCAGCGUCAGUGAAGAACCUACAGCAGGGUCAACACACACAAUAGCAUUCCCUGGCAGCACCACCACCUCAGGCCUCAGUCAGGAAUCAACAACUUUCCACAGUAAGCCAGGCUCAACUGACACAACACUGUCCCGUGGCAGCAUCACAACCUCAUCCUUUGCUCAAGAAUUUACCACCCCUGAAAGCCAACCAGGCUCAGCUCCGUCAACAGUGUCACCUGCCAGCACCACAGUGCCAGGCCUUAAUGAGGAAUCUACCACCUUCUACAGCAGCCGAGGCUCAACUGAAACCACAGCGUUUUCUCACAGCAACACAAUGUCCAUUCAUGGUCAACAAUCUACAUCCUUCCUUGGCAGCCCAGGCUUCACCCAAAGAGUGUUACCUGCCACCCUCACAACCACAGACAUUGGUCAGGAAUCAACAGCCUUCCCCAGCAACUCAGAUGCAACUGGAACAACACCCUUACCUGCCCGCUCCACAACCACAGACCUCGUUGGAGAAUCUACAACUUUCUACAUCAGCCCAUCCCCUACUUACACAACACUCUUUCCUGCCAGUUCCAGCACAUCAGGCCUCACUGAGGAAUCUACCACCUUCCACACCAGUCCAAGCUUCACUUCUACAAUUGUGUCUACUGAAAGCCUGGAAACCUUAGCACCAGGGUUGUGCCAGGAAGGACAAAUUUGGAAUGGAAAACAAUGCAUCUGUCCCCAAGGCUACAUUGGUUACAAGUGCUUGUCCCCUCUGGAAUCCUUCCCUGUAGAAACCCCAGAAAAACUCAACGCCACUUUAGGUAUGACGGUGAAAGUGACUUACAGAAAUUUCACAGAAAAGAUGAAUGACUCAUCCUCCCAGGAAUACCAGAACUUCAGUACCCUCUUCAAGAAUCGGAUGGAUGUCAUUUUGAAGGGCGACAAUCUUCCGCAGUAUAGAGGGGUGAACAUUCGGAGAUUGCUCAAUGGUAGCAUUGUGGUCCAGAGCGAUGUCAUCCUGGAGGCAGACUACACUUUAGAGUAUGAGGAACUGUUUGAAAACCUGGCAGAGAUUGUAAAGGCCAAGAUUAUGAAUGAAACCAGAACAACUCUUGUUGAUCCUGAUUCCUGCAGAAAGGCCAUACUGUGCUAUAGUGAAGAGGACACUUUCGUGGAUUCAUCGGUGACGCUGGGCUUUGACUUCCAGGAGCAAUGUACCCAGAAGGCUGCUGAAGGAUAUGCCCAGUUCUACUAUGUGGAUGUCUUGGAUGGGAAGGUGGCCUGUGUGAACAAGUGCACCAAAGGAACGCAGUCGCAAAUGAACUGUAACCUGGGCACAUGUCAGCUGCAACGCAGUGGCCCCCGCUGCCUGUGCCCAAAUACGGACACACAUUGGUACUGGGGAGAGACCUGUGAAUUCAACAUCGCCAAGAGCCUCGUGUAUGGGAUCGUGGGGGCUGUGAUGGCGGUGCUGCUGCUCGCAUUGAUCAUCCUAGCCAUCUUAUUCAGCCUAUCCCAGAGAAAACAGCACAGGGAACAGUAUGAUGUGCCUCAAGAGUGGCAAAAGGAAGGCACCCCUGGCAUCUUCCAGAAGACGGCCAUCUGGGAAGACCAGAAUCUGAGGGAGAGCAGAUUCGGCCUUGAGAACGCCUACAACAACUUCCGGCCCACCCUGGAGACUGUUGACUCCGGCACAGAGCUCCACAUCCAGAGGCCGAAGAUGGUAGCAUCUGCUGUGUGAGCCAACUGGGGCCUCCCACCCUCAUCUAUCUCUGUGCAAGAGAGCUGCACACACAGAGCCCACCACUGGCCUCCGGGGUUGGUCAAGAGGAGACCGAAGUCAGGCCCUGAAGCCGGUCCUGCUCUAAGCUGACAGACUUGGCCAGUCCCCUGCCUGUGCUCCUGCUGGGGAAGGUUGGGGGCUGUAAGCCCCUCCAUCCAGGAGUUUCCAGACUCCCAAAAGCCUUGGCACCUCUGUCUCCUCCUGGGUGGCUCCCCACUCUGGAAUUUCCCUACCAAUAAAAGCAAAUCUUAAAGCUCAGAA